AUGGCUUUCCACAUUACUAGGGCUUUUGCUUUUGGUAUUUUAGGUAAUCUAAUCUCAUUUUUGGUCUCCCUGGCUCCUUUGGCAACAUUCUACAAAAUUUACAAGAGAAAAUCCAGCGAAGGGUUUCAAUCAAUUCCAUAUGUGAUUUCACUGUUUAGUGCAAUGCUAUGGUUGUUUUAUGCAAUCUUUAAGAAGGAUGCUACACUCCUCAUCACCAUCAACAUCUUCACAUUCUUCAUGCAAACUGGUUACAUUAUCGUCUACUUUGUCUAUGCCUCCAAGAAAGACAGAAUUCUGACUGCCAAACUGGUCCUCUUGUUUGAUGUCUUUGGGUUCGGGGUGAUAUGUCUUCUAGCUCUCUUCUUAACAAAGGGCGAAAAACGUAUUGCAGUUCUUGGAUGGAUUUGCAUGGUUUUCGCUCUCUGCGUGUUCGUUGCACCUCUCGGCAUUAUGAAAAAGGUGAUACAAACCAAGAGUGUGGAGUUCAUGCCCUUCUCUCUAUCGUUCUUCCUCACAUUGAGUGGAGUCAUGUGGUUCUUUUAUGGCUUUCUAACGAAAGAUCUCUUCGUCGCUGUUCCGAACAUUCUUGGGUUUCUAUUUGGCAUGGCGCAAAUGUCACUGUAUGGUAUGUACAGGAAUUACAAAAAGAAACUACCGACGGCCGCGGAGGUGGAGCCAAAGCUUCAAGAAUUAUCUGAACAGAUCGUUGAUGUAGUGAAGCUGAGUGCAAUGGUUUGUUCUCAUGACCUAAUUAUCACUCCAGCCAUGAUCAAUUUCAAUAUGGGAACUGAAAAGGCUGAAGACGACAAAGACGUGAUCAAGGAAGAAACCAAAGUCUAA